AUGCUCAAUGCUCGAUCUGCUCACCGUGCGGUGGCUCACGAGGAGGAUGGCCGCAUUUUUGUCACUGGUGGUGAAGAUGAAUUCGGUUAUGACAUGUACCUGGUAGAAUACUGCACCCUUCCGUUUGGCACCUCUGCAGAAACCGUAGAAUCAAACAGAUUUCCCAUCUGGCAUCGUGCGGCACCCAUGAAUCAGAAGCGCAAAUACCAUAGUCUGUGCUACACAAAGGGUAAAAUUGUAGCUGUAGGAGGUUUUGUCAAUCGCCUUGAACUCACGCGGACAGUUGAAGUAUUUUCACCUCCAGAUCGCGCUAAUCCCUUGGGUCAAUGGACAUUCGUAAGACCUCUCGACGUACCCUAUAAAUAUCCCUUUGCUGUAACCGUGGAUGACUAA